AUGUCCAAAAAGGCCGGGAUUUCUUCUCUUCUUUCGGCUUCAGAUCUUAAUGAUUACAUUUUACCAUCUCAGGCAUGCAUACUUCCGCCGAUCGAAGGCUCACAGGACACAAACAAUGCUGUAGAGGUCGGGGUGUACCAAAAGAGAACAUCCACUCCAGAAACAACGGAAAAAGUUUCGAUUUCAUUAAAAGACUGCCUUGCUUGUUCUGGAUGUGUUACAUCCACAGAGUUGGCUUUAAUUGGGCAGCAGACAAGCCUCGAUUUUUUACAGGCCUUAAAAAGCAAGGCCGUUGCGGUCUCCAUAUCUCCUCAGUCUAUUGCCUCGCUCGCCGUAAAAUAUUCCACCUCAUGGGAAAGAAUGGCUUCUCGGCUUUGCCUUUUCUUGAAGUCUAUUUUAAAAGUUUCUCGAGUUUUUGAUCAAAGAGUAGCUGCGAAAAUUGCGCUUUCCUUAAGCCUAGCAGAAUUUAUCUCGUAUCCUCGCUCGGAAAACCCAGUUGUUGUUUCUCAAUGCCCAGCCGUGGUUUCUUAUAUUGAAAAAAGCCAUCCAAAAAUUGUUAGCCUCCUAUCGAGGAUAAAAACAUGCCAGCAAAUUCUUGGAGAAAUUUUAAAAGACGUCGAAGAUAUUUUUCACGUAUCAAUUGCGCCCUGUUAUGAUAAGAAACUUGAAUCUUUCAGGGAUGGGGAAACUAUCGGUUGUGUUAUUACCACAGUUGAGCUGGAGAAUAUAUGCAACGACUAUUCAUUUGACCUUUCAUCAUCAUCAAUAGAUGGCGCCUGGUUUGAUGAUCUCCCUCGCAGCGAUUUCAUCUGUCGUGCAUUGGUGAUUGGGGAGGCAGAGGGAUUUAAUGAUCAAUGGGGAACGGGUGGAUUUCUUGCCGCUAUUCUGUCCUAUUUUUCAGCCAGAGGAUAUUUAGUGGAAAAAAAGGAAUUUUCUAAAGAUUUUGUCGAAUGGCAUGUACAAGAUGUGGGAAAGUCAUCUCCAGCCAUGUUGAUGGCUACUUGCUUUGGAUUUAAAAAUAUCCAAAACACGAUUCGAAAAAUCAAAGGUUCUUCCUCAAAAUAUUCGUACGUUGAAAUGAUGGCAUGUCCAUCUGCCUGUCUCAACGGAGGUGGACAGAUACCGGCAUUAAAUCUUUCUGAGAUUUCCAAAAAGUACAGUGAAUCCAUUCCAGAUUUAUUUUUCUCGAGCAUCACUCCAUGGGCCAAUAUCGGCCAGCCGCUUCCUUUUCAGGCUACAUUCAAGCCUGUGGAGGCCAUUUCAAGCCGUCCUGUGUGGGCCCAGGUUCAAUGGUAG